AAAACGAAAUUACAAAAGACUCUAGAAAGAAGAAAACGAAUUAUACUGAUUAAGUGAAGAAAAACAGAAAAAUGCAGACAGGAAAGGACGCAGCAUCUGCAGCCAAAGCUGGCAUGGAGAAAACCAAAGCCAAUGUUCAAGAGAAGGCGGAGAGGAUGACGACGAGGGAUCCGUUGAAGAAAGAGAUGGCGACGGAGAAGAAAGAGGAUAGGGUUGCAGCGGCGGAGAUGGGUAAGAGAGAUGCAAAAGCACAACAUGCAGCUGAAAAACAAGGAGCUGCUACAACUGGAACUGGAACUACUGGUUAUGGUGCCACUGGCAAUCAUACAACUUUCUAGAAGAAAAGGAGGAGAAAUGAAGCUAGUUGCUUUUAAUUUUCAUGUUUUCUUUUUUUUUUGUUUUGUUAUUAGGGAAGUGAUAUGAUAACACACUUUUGUGUGGGUGUUGGCUUUUAAGAUUUGACACCAAAUUAAAUAAAAUAAAUAAAGUGGUACUCUUCCUAUA